AAGACCGACAGCGAAAAUUUAUCCAACGCAUCCUCCAAAGUACAUGGUUCGCCUUUUUGGGUUUGUGGCUUAUUAGCUGUUAUUAAUUCCAAUCGAACCAUUCCAAAAGAAAAUGAGAAGGCUUUCAAUUUUUUUUUCAAAUUAAAAAAAUUAAAACAAAAUUUUAAAAGACCCAAAGCAUUCCAUCCGGCAAAAUUUAAAAUUUUUAAAGCUCAAUUAUUUGAAAGCGAUGAAAAAGUAAUUAUAUGGUGUACUAAAUUACUCGAAGACUAUCCUGAUAGUUAUAAUACAAUAUGUGACCGGGCAGAAUCAUUUCGCGAACUUAAAAAUUAUGAAGACGCAAUAAAUGACUUGGAUUAUGCCAUAAGUCUUAAACCAUAUAAAACGAGAGCUUGGUGCCUUAGAGGAAUGAUUAAAAGUUUACAAAAAUCUUAUGUUGAGGCUGUUUCCGAUCUCAAUAAGGCCAUUGAAAUCGAACCUAAAAAUAGUCUCGCUUAUAAAUGGCGCGCUUUCUGUUACUACAUGUUGAGAUAUUUUGAAGAAGCUUUAUUGGAUUUGAAUAUGGUCAUUAAAGUAGGUCCAAUUGAUGCGUUUACCUACAUCAAUCGUGCAGAUGUUAACCGAGAAUUAAAAAGGUACGAAACUGCGAAAAAAGAUAUUAAAAUGGCAUUCAAGUUCAAGACCGACAAAGCGUUAGCUUACGGAACUCGCGGAGUGAUUCAUCUUGAUAACGGUCAAUAUCAAGAAGCUGUCUCUGAUCUCACCAAGACCUUGGAACUUCAACCAGAUAAUGCAAUUGCGUUGAGAAAUCGUAGCGGAGCAUUCCGGAUGUUGAUGUUUCCUGACGAGGCUUUAGAGGAUUUGGAAAAAGCUUGCCUCCUCGAACCAAAUAGUGAUUAUCAACAUGGACUUCGCGGUGCUAUUUAUCUAGACAUGAGACGUUGGAGUGACGCCAUGAAGUCGUUUAAUAAUGCUUUAGGAUUUCAUCCUACUAAAGUUAGCCCAUUUGGGAAUCGCGCUGAACUCUAUGUUAAAUUACGGAGAUAUGAUGAAGCAUUGCACGAUGUUAAUUUUGCUUUGAAACUUGAACCAAAUAAUGUAAUUGCUUUACAACAAAUGUCUGACAUUUAUCGACGGUUGAGAAAAUAUACGGAGGCAUUAAGUCUUGCUGAUAAAGCAUUAAUUAUAGAACCUUUGAAUGUCAAUACUUUGCUACUUCGAGCUGAUAUUCAUUAUUUAAUGAAACGACCACAGGAAGCAAUAUCAGAUUUAGAUAAAGCUACUAGAAUUGCUCCAAGAAAUUCAUACGCUUAUUGUUCUAGAGGGGAACUUUAUUGUAAACUCCAUCGAUAUGAUGAUGCUUUAAUAGACCUUAAUCAUGCGUUGAAAAUUAAAGCCACGAAUGUUUUUGUACUUGAAAUUCGAGGAAAUGUUUUUAGAAAGCUCGGAAGAUACUUAGAAGCUUUAUCUGAUUUCGAUAAAUCAUUAGAGAUAGAACCAUUAGAUUCCACUUAUAUUGAUUCAGAUGAUCAUGAACCUAACGUUAAAAGAAAUCAUGGUGGUUAUGAUAAAGGUUUAAGUGUGACGCAACAGAUGCAAGGUGAAAGGAAUUUUGCCAAAGUUUUUAGUAAAAGAGGAGACAUUUAUUUGAAACUUCAUAAAUAUGAAGAAGCUUUAGAGGACUUUAAUAAAGCUCUAAUACUUCAAAAUGAUCACUUUUAUUCUUUAAAGAAACGUUCAUAUACAUAUUGGAAAUUGGGUCAAUUAGAUUUAGCCUUGAAUGAUAUUAAUAAAUUCCUUGAAUUGAAACCAAAUUACCCUUCAGGUGUUCGCUUGAUGAACAACAUUUUACAAGAUAUCCAACGAAUUGAUAGAUAUCAUCAAUAA